AUGCCUGGAUAUGAGUUAUCUUUCGCGGACCGAUCAGUAAUCGAUAAAAAACAUUUAUGCCCUAAAUGUGAGGGUCUUCUCAGAGAAGCUGUGCAAACAAUAGCGUGUGGUCAUCGGUACUGUAAGACAUGCGUGGAAACGAUUCUAAGGUAAGAACGUUGUAUCUCAUCAUUGGCCUAGGCAGCUGAAAUACGCUUCUUCCGAAAGCAAUUAGUUUACUGUAGAUAAAUGACUGAUAUCAAGCGAAUAACUACAAAUGCUGACGAUAGCUGUCUGGCUAAUGUGGUGCAGAUAAAUGGUAACUGUAAUUCAAGCCCCAGAAUGUUCAAAAGGUGGAUAAUGCUUUAUAAACUGGAUCAUGGAUAAAUCACCUUUCAGGUGAAAAAAGCAAUUCAGUGUUCUUUUUACCUAUCCAGUGGAUAGUGGUUUUCCGGUGGAUGGCGCUAUCCAACGUUUGAACAACUGGGGCCAUGUGAUAAUAAAUUAACUAUUGUAAGCUGGCAAAUAUACUGCAGAUAUAAAUCAACCUCGUUCCCACGGGGGCCGAGUAGGGGAGGACCCUGGGAACGAGGUUGGGUAUAAAUCCGGUAAUAUGUAAAGAUAUUCUACCGAUAAGUGGUUAUAUACACACUGAUCCCUGCCUUUACUUAAUUUACAGGCAAGAAGUUGGAAAAUGCAUCAUCGACAGUUCAGAUAUUCAUAAAGAACAGGUUUGAAUUUUUGUUCUCCAUAAUGCGUUUUGACGUAAUAACACCUUGGUGGCUGAACCUUUGAAUAAACAGGCCGGUAUGAAAUACAAAACACUAACUGGAUCACCCCAUGAAAUUUUUGCUUGGGAAAUCCCGGGGGCAGGGGUAGGGAGGAGCACGAGCUCAUUUCCCGUACAGCAGCUGGUGAAUCAAGCCUAGUGGAAUCCAGAAUGUUGGGCUUUGGAAUCUGGAAUCGAGCCUAAGGAAUCCGGAAUCCCACUAACGAUUGGCAUCUGGUAUCCAGUUCCAAUGUCAAAGAAUCUGAAAUCCAAUAACUAGAAUCCGGAAUCCAUGGCGUGGAAUCCAGAAUCCAAGACUGUCCCGGGAUUGCCUUAUAUGGGGUGACUAACGCUUCGUUCUAGUUAGUCUGGGUUCCUAUAACCGUGGGCCACCCGGUUAUGAUGCUGCAUCUUAAUAUAUACGCCCCAAUCCCUUUUUUUCCUAUUCAUGAACUAUCCCUUAACUCAGAUGGAAGAGCACCGCACUGCAAACCCUGGGCUUAAACCCUGGCCGGACCAUCAACCAGGGUCUCCAAAAAAAAAAAGGAAGAUCAUGCUGGAUAUGUUUAAUAUCAUGUCUCAGUUCAGAUGAUACUGGAAUUUGGCGGUGAUAUUAAGGCGUCGGCUUUGUCUCAGUUCACGAGUUAAUUCGAAGGGCCGACGUGAAACCACACUCUUUUUGUUCGAAAAGAUUAUGCAUCAGUCAAUUCCACCUGCGCCCAGCCCCCUCCCGCGAGCUACUGCUGGGCAUUUGCCCGCAUUGUCAGUCCCGGGGGUGGGGCAUUUGCAAAUUUUGCACUGCCCGGGAACCGGGCAUUUGCCAACCCCGGGGGGCAUUCCCGAGCUUUUUACAGGAACGCGGUUUCCUAUCAGGAUAUAACUACACAGAAGGUUUUACUGGAAAAAAAAGCAGAUUGGCUCAUCUGUCGAGAAUAGGAAUAAAUUGAAGAGGGUUAUAAAGGCAUGUUCUCGAUUUUAUGCAUGCAUUUCUUUAUUGCUUAUCACGCCAGAAUUACUUAGGGAAAUUGGAGCUAUCGAUGUGAAUCAACGUUUUUUGGUUAUUGAAUCAAAUUUCUGUUGAUAUUAUUUGAAGAACAUCCUUUCAUAUUUAUAAAACUAUUCAUAACAUAUAACUUUACAGCGCUCUAUUAAUUUUAAUGCCAAUAAUUUUAUAUCAAUACUAAAACCAUAAACUGGUGCAUGUCGUCGCGGCGUGAAGUCUUAAUUAGAAUCCCAGCGCUGAUACAAAGGAAGACGUUAAUUGAAACAAGAAAUCGCACAUUAAAAUGCUUAAAAUGGUACUAUUCGACUGUGCGAUCAAUGAAAAAUGUUGCAGUGUUGACGGAGGACGGGGCAUUUGCCCUCUUUUUUCGUCCCCACCCCGGGGGAUUUGACUGCUCAAGAGUCCCCACUCCAGGGAAUUUGCCAUCCAAGGCAAAAAAAAUGCUUAUGCCCGUGGGUCAUCCCGGGGCGGGAGGGCUGGGCGCUGGUUGAAUUGACUGAUGCAUUAAGGGAAGUUUCUUCAGUGAUGUAGUCCCCUUAUACUCCUCUGCCGCCGCAUCACUUAAGUCAUAGAUAUCAUACAAACUCAUAAAAUGGACAACCAUGCAGAUAGCGGUAGCCACUGCUGCCUUUUUUGCCGACGUUCUACUUUGCCUUCUGACGCUUUACUGUUCAUCAAAUCUGACACGUUCAUAUAAAAGAAGUUCCAGAAGUCAAGUUCAUAUAUAAAGUUAUUUUGGACAGUUGUUAUCUUCUCAUUUUCUAAUUUGAAUUGUAGAAUUAAAUCUCUACCAUUUUGCCGUUUACCUUAAACUUGACUUUAAAUCCAUCUAAUAUAUUACGUAAAGAGGACACGUUCUGUUUUCUUCUCACCUGCGACAUUCGAUUCUGAGGACAUUAAAAGCCAACCUUUUCGUUUACUCUGCAUUGGUCAAGUAGUAAAAGGGACUUGAAGGGGUUUACCGACAGCCGUCGUGGCCUAAAAAUUAACCGUCAACCGUCAAAAAAUGCAGGUCAAGAUUAGCCGUCAAAAAGGUUCAAAGUAUUUCAAAUCUCACUAUUUCAGCUGAUCUUCACGGCAUUCCGGCUCCCGAAGAAUUUCUAAACAAGACAGUUCCCAUGUUCUCAAAAACACUCAUUCUAGUUUGUCUAGACAUUACAAUACCUUGCAUGACAACCAUGCAAGACAACCUCCAAAACACAACAGUAAAUGUUUAAUUCAUACUGAAGUUAACAUUUACUUUAACUUUUAGACUAAUUUCCCACUUGAUAACCGUCAACCAUCAAAAGCUCUAACAUUGAACCGUCAGCCAUCAAUUAGAGAAAUUAACCGGCACCGUCAAAGCUACCACCCCAUUGAGACCCUCUAGUAAUUACUAUUUUCGUGUUCAAUAAAUGAUAUAGUACUUUUUUUCGUAUCACUCUGUAGGUAUUUUUUGACCGAUUUAUCGAGCGUGAAAUCCAGUCACUCUUGGUUCACUGCACUCAUCAAGAAGAAGGUUGUGAUUGGAAAGACGAGCUUAGGAAACGAGAGGUAACUUCUGCAUCGGCUUCUAUACUGUACUGUUGGGGUUCAGCGGGAUUAAUCUUAAUAAAUUGAAACACUUUACCCUUUUCGUCAAUUCCAGCUAUACAUUUUGUCAAGAUCGCUUUUGGAGAUUUAUUGUUUUGUCUUUUGGCUGUUGAUCCUAUUAUAACUUACGUUUGACUCGUGAAGGUUUAAUAGACCACCCAUAUCAACCAUAACCGUGAAAGCUACCAACCUCGUUCCCAGGGUUCUCUCUCAGAGAACCCUGGGAACGAGGUUGGAAAGCUACCACCCCAUCGUGAUAGACCUUCUGAACAAUGAAGCCCAUGAUACUACUGAUCAGCUGGAUUAUCUACGAAAUCUGUAGAGAUGUACAUAUAAAUUAUAUAAUAGACGAAAUAAAGCGAUUUCAGUUGGGCUGAAGUAGUAUAGGGCGCAUUAUUUACUAAAUGUUUUGGCGCAGAAAUCUUAUCAGCGUGUGAAAGAAGAUAUUCGGAAUAAAGCGAUUUCAAUUGGGCUAAAUUAUAAGACGCAUGAUUUACGACGUGUUUUGACACUGAAAGGAGUCUUAUCUGUCUUCUGUCAGAGUGUCACUGUGUCUAAGAACGUUGUUGAAAAAGGCGAUUUCAAUUUGGCCUAAGUAGCAUAGUUCUUUUUCUACAUGCUUAUGAAGUCUCAGCCAAUACCACAUGAGAGAAAACAAAACAAAAUAAUUGUAAUCGGGCGCGUUUUUACUUUUUCGGUAUUGGCAACCAGACAAUUCUUCUAACUUUCAGAUUGUUUUAAUUGGUUUUUCUAUAUUUUUUUCUGGUUUUACGAUACUCCUAGUUGGAAAGUUGCCGAUUCUACAAUAAAAUUCUCCGCGUAUUGUUCUAAAUUAUAGUUAUUAUUAACUUGUUCCUUAUUGUUGUAAUUGAAAAUUACGUUUUCUCGUGUGUUAGGAUCACGAAGCUGUGUGUGGUUACGUUCAAGUUCUAUGCGUGCAUUUAGGAUGCGGUGAACUAGUUACUAGAGCAAAACUGGGACAGCAUCUUGAGAAGUCGUGUAAACUCAGAAUGGGAAAAUGUGACCACUGCCAAGCUCUUGUUGAGUUUGCAUUUUUGGAGGUACGUAUGAUCAUGACCCUUCUGAAAUUAGGUGAAAUUGGUUCCAGUUUACCCUUACGAAGAUCCUCAUUUGGGAUACGAUCCUAUUAAUUAAGUAAUUUAAACCUUAACGUACUUUUAUACAAUAAAUUACUUUUCGUGAGAUAAUUAAUUGGUAUUAACUUCGUAAAGGAUCCCAUUUUUUAAUUUCCCUUUCCCCCUCCGCUCAUUGACUCUUUGCACAUUUCGUCAUGCCUCUAACCUGCUAACGUCUCAAAUCAUUAGAAAUCGGUGCCGGUAUUACAUCUCAUAAACAAGAGAUCUUUCUACCUACACGUUUAGGGUCUCUAUCUAAAACCAAAUCAGCCUGGAUACUUUGUUCACGGUGACGUCUAAACUAGUGACUGUAAUUCAUUAUUAUGCAAAGGAACACCAGGACUCUCAGUGUCCCUCCGUCCCUAUGGCUUGCACAGAAUGUGGGAGAAAGGACAUACCUCGUUCUCAGGUGAGUAAACGGAUAUCACAAGCACUUUUUGCAUCAAGCCAAUCGAAAAACCGACAACGCCAAAUACGGUGCACUUAACUGCUGUACCUGAGUCUAAAUUCACUCUCUUUCUUACUCCGAGAGGUUUUCUUCCUGGUACUCUGGCUUUAGCUAACUUCAGCUCAAAAAAAAAUUACUCCAAAUUCCAAUUUGAUUUGCAUGGAACGCACACUUAACGGCUAGCUCCUAGAUGCUUCGUGGGUGACAAAUUAAAUUCAUUUUACAUUUUACAUCAGAGUGAAACAAUUAAAAAAAAUCGUUCGAGAUUUAUUUUUGGUCGUUAUAUUUAUUUUACCAGAUGUGUGCCCAUAUUGAUCCGGUAAAUGGAGACUGUGAGGAAUUACAAUCAAGUUGUCCAUGGACACAAAUUGGAUGCCCUGUGACAAAGGUAUGCAAAUACUUAAGAUUACUUUAGUUAGGAGGGGAUCGCGCAUUAAAUGGACCAACUUAAAAAGGGAACUGUGGCACUGAUAGUUUUUUGCGUGCCGUGAAUGGUCACCACACUUAAGGAGAUGCCACGACUUUGCCUUGGCAGAGGGAUAUCAGACUACUUGUUUGUAAAGAAUGGCGUGGAGUGUGUGUUUGUUUGUGUGUGUGUGUGGAGCGAUGGGGAGGGGGCGGGGGGGGGGGGGGGGUAUAUAUCAGUGGGAGAUCUGAGAUUUGAUAUGCUUUUGUCUACUAGGGGAAAACUCUUAGUGAAGGGUCCUUAGCUUGUGCAGGUAAGAAAAGAAAAGUUCCCAAAAUGCUCAAUACUGAGUCGUCAUCAGGGUAGCUAUGAACGACUUUUGAAUCCACUUGAAGUUUGACUGUAUGCUCCAAGUAAGCAAUCAAUCGAUAAUCUGUGAGUGGGCUGUGUGUUUAUUAACGCUUCUGAGCCUUAAUACACUAUGUCGUUUUCGUUUUCUUUAGACUAUGAAGCUGCAAGAACGAAGGAAGCAUGAAGAGGAAAAUGCUUCCGGUCACUUGAUGCUCCUGUUUCAAACCGUAAUGCAGCUUUUCUCGAUGGUUGAUAGGACCAUGCGCGAAUCGGGUCAUUUGUCAUUGAAUGGAGUAAAUCUACCAAAACAGAAAGAUUUGGAACGAUAUGCAAAACAAGUUGAGAACACACUGAAAGAGAAUAAAGGAUUAAGAUCAAAAGUGGCACAACAAGAAGAAAGAAUACGGCAACUGGAAAGUUUUAAACAGAAUAGCUCAAACUCAGCAACAGCAUUUGAUUCAACGCUCGCCAAAGAGCUUUUACACAGGAUGACUACAGAAGAAGGAAAGACAGCCAAUCUCGAACUUUUGCUCGUUGAAGCAAACAGAUUAAAUGAAGAACUUCAGAGAAAGGUGUCUACCGUAACCAGGCAACAGGAGUCUUCGAAUGGAACAACUGAUCGGCUACAAAGACAGUUCGAGUCCAUGAGUCACUCACUAGCACUGCGUAAUGUUAUGCCGACAGAUUUGGACGAAUAUGUGAGGCAGCAGGAAGUCUCCAGGCACGAUGGAAUCUUGCUUUGGAAAAUUACUGAGUUCUCUAAGAAGAGACAAGAUGCCGUCUCCGGACAUCAGACAUCAUUUUACAGCCCCUGCUUUUUUACUAGUCGCUAUGGAUACAAGAUGUGCGCGCGAAUCUACUUGAAUGGUGAUGGUAUUGGAAAAGGGACACACAUCUCAGUAUUCUUUGUUGUCAUGCGUGGUGAGUACGAUGCGUUACUCCGCUGGCCAUUCAGACAGAAGGUUACGUUCAUGCUGCUGGAUCAAAAUAACGUAGAACACGUCAUUGAUUCCUUCAGACCUGACCCAAACAGCUCAUCCUUCCAGAGACCAAGAAGAGAAACUAACAUCGCUAGUGGGUGCCCUAAAUUCUGUCCCUUGUCGGAGUUAAAUGAUCAGGCGUAUGUCAGAGACGAGACUAUGUUUCUGAAGGUCAUAGUCGAUACGACGGAUUUAUAA